AGCCUUCAUACGAUGAAACUGGAGUCACGUACACUCAUUUCCUUCGUAGUUAUCAUAUCGACGGUAGAGUCUUUUCGCCCUUUUGAUAACAUACCCAAAUAAGGAUCAAUCAGCACAUCAGUGUUCUGCUGUGAUUUUGUCAGAGACAAGUUCCACAUCAGUAGAUCUUGUCUUGGACUCCAACCACGAAAGCAAACCCUGGUCUUUUGUAUUAGGGCUGAAUCUAGCGACUUUACCCUCAGUUGAGCCUCUAUCAAGUUCUUGGACUGGGCAAUACGCUUCUUCGUCAUGCCUCGCGAUCCCCUCAUCGGCCUCGUGGGAAAGCCCUCGGCUGGUAAGAGCUCUACGCUCAACAGCUUAACUGAUGCUUCGUCUAAAGUUGGCAAUUUCCCGUUCACCACAAUUGACCCCCAGCGUGCAAUCGGCUAUCUUCAGAUAGAGUGUGCUUGUGCCCGAUAUAACGUAUCAGACAGAUGCAAACCCAAUUAUGGAGCUUGCGUUGAGGGCCGUCGUUCUGUACCUAUUGAGCUUCUCGAUGUCGCUGGUCUAGUCCCCGGUGCUCAUGAGGGCCGAGGCCUGGGGAACAAGUUUCUCGAUGACUUACGACAUGCCGAUGCUCUGAUUCAUGUUGUCGAUGCUUCGGGUACUGUCGAUGCUGAAGGAAAGGAGACAAGAGGCUAUGAUCCUUCCGUGGACAUUGCUUGGCUACGAAGCGAAAUCGUAGCUUGGGUUCUCGGCAAUCUCAUGCAACGAUGGGGAUCCAUCCGACGAAGGCAUCAGGCUAUCAAGGCAACCGCUACAGAAACACUGCAAGCACAGUUCUCCGGUUACGGUGCAACAUCGACUAUUGUGAACCGUGCUCUUGAUCGCUGCGGCAUCAAGGAACCCCUGGAGGAUUGGUCCAAUGAGACCGUAGAGUUGGUCGUCAAUGCCUUCAUUGAUGAGAAGUUCCCUACAGUCAUCGCACUCAACAAAAUCGAUCACCCAGACGCUGAUAAAAACAUCUCCAAAAUCGCCAAGCAGCAAGACCCUAAUACCAUUGUGUUAUGUUCAGCCAUCUCGGAGAUUUUCUUGCGAAAGAUGGCUAAACAGGGCUACAUCAAAUAUGUCGAAGGCAGCGAAUUUAUCGACACCAAGGAGGAUCUUAUAGAGCAAGGCGACCCAACCGGCGGUGGCCUCAAAGAUCUCGACGAGAAAAAUCGUAAUCGAAUCGAGAAUCUCAAGGACAUGGUACUUUACCGCUUUGGAUCUACCGGUGUCGUUCAAGUCCUUUCCAAGGCCGCUGAGCUCCUUGGUCUCGUGCCCGUUUUCCCCGUCCGAAAUACCUCCACCUUCAGUUCUGGUGCAUCGGACUCCAAGUUUGUUUUCCGCGAUUGCGUUCUUGUCAAGAAAGGCAGCACGGUUGGCGAUGUGGCUCGCAAAGUGAUGGGAGAUGCGCCUAUCGCCUUUGUCGAGGGGGCUGGAAAUAUCCGAGUAUCUGAAGACGAUUUCGUCGCUGUGGGCAAGAAUGAUGUUCUAUCAUUCAAGGUCGGCAGAGCCUGAGCUACGAAUAUGCUUGGUUGAGAUAUUCUAGCCAUCAUUGCUGUCUUCAGAAUGCAUAUUUGUACGGCAGGCGUUGGGGUUGUUGUUCUUAAGGUAGAUCGGGGUAUGAAAUGUCCGUACAGAACGAAGUCUUUGGGUUGAUAUCGAAGAAGGAAGCGAUAUGCUCUAUAUAACGCACUCGGAAGAGAAUCGAUUGAUAGCAUGUCACUUAAAUUGUCUCAUGUUAUCUUGUGUGCAAUACGGGGGUCUUGGGGAGCCGACAGUCAUGAAUUGCAAGCCUGCGAUGUAUGGUAUUCCCCUCCACAUGAAGCCCGCGCGUGUAUCUCAUAUGGCAAAGACAAAAUUAUAAUCUAAAUUAAUCAAUGCCUUGAUUGGGGCAAUUAGGACUAACCAUCUAUCUUUAGUGGCCAUUCCCUUGGCCUGUCACCCCAUAUAAGCUCUACUCCGUGCAUGUCCGUCACUUUACGGAGUUUGUCUCCCCAUUCCCCAUGAACUGUUUUCUGGUAAAGACGUUGUAUGUGGG